GUGAAACCCCGUCUCUACUGAAAAUACAAAAAAUUAGCCAGGCAUGAUGGUGGGCGCCUGUAGUCCCAGCUACUCAGGAGGCUGAGGCAGGAGAAUGGUGUGAAUCCGGGAGGCGGAGCUUGCAGCGAGCUGAGAUGGCGCCACUGCACUCCGGCUGGGGCGACAGAGCGAGACUCCGUCUCAAAAAAAAAAAAAAGGCUUGGCUGUGGAGCUUCACAUACAGAAUGACCUUGGUUUACAGGGGUGUAUCCCCAGCCAACAGUACGUAGACAGGGCUGAAAGAGCAUAGGCUAUGGAACCAGGAAGACCUGGGUUUGAGUCCUACCUCUGCCGUCUAUUAACAUCUAUCUUUGGACAAAUUACUUAUCCUCUCUGAGUCUCUGUGUUCUCAUCCAUAGAAUGGGGCUGUGGUGGGGAUUUAGAAUCAAAGGCAUAUAUUUUAGUUGAGACAGGGUCUCACUCUGUUGCCCAGGCUGGAAUGCAAUGGCGCGAUCACGGCUCACUGCGGCCUCGACCUCCCUGGGCUCAGGUGAUCCUCCCACCUCAGCCUCCUAAGUAGCUGGAACUACAGGUGUGCACCACUAAGCCAGCUAAUUUUUGUAUUUUUUGUAGAGAUGGGGUUUUGCCAUGUUGCCCAGGCUGGUCUCGAACUCCUGGGCUUGUGAUCUUCCCGCCUCAGACUCCCAAAAUGAUGGGAUUACAGAUUUAUGUCAUUUCAUUGGUGGAUGUUGAAAACAUGGAAGUUGAUGAAGUUAUCCAGGACAUGCUUUUGUAGAGCCUUCUGAGGAGGUGACCAAGUCAGAACUCUUGUAAUAACCAAUUUAAGGCGUACAACAAAACAAGAGGAGACAGCAAAGGAGACAGGGAAGAACUCAAGAGCUGGUUAGAGAAGGAAGAGAAAGAUGAGGUCUGCCAUGGAAGCCCAAGGAACAGUUUGCAGAAGAAGGAGAUUCAUUGGUCAACAGGGUCAAGUGAGGCCGGGCGCAGUGGCUCACGCCUGUAAUCCCAACACUUUGGGAGGCCAAGGAGGGCGGAUCACAAGGUCAGGAGUUCCAGACCAGCCUGUCCAACAUGGUGAAAUCCCGUCUCUACUAAAAAUACAAAGAUUAGCCAGGUGUGGUGGCGUGCACCUGUAAUCCCAGCUACUCAGGAGGCUGAGGCAGGAGAAUUGCUUGAACCCGGGAGGCGGAGGGUGUGGUGAGCCGAGAUCGUACCACUGCACUCCAGCCUGGGUGACAGAGCGAGACUCCAUCUCAAAACAAAACAAACGAAAACGAAAAACAAAACAAAACAAAAAACAGCGUCAAGUGAGAUAAGAAGCCCACUGGAUUUGGCUACUGGGAAACUGCUGGUGGCCUUUGCCAAAGCUAUUCAGAUUGGGGGGCGGAUGGCUGCCAUGUUGCAGGUGGCUGGAAGAAAGAGGUGAAGACACUGAGCUCACUGAAGUACUUGCCGUGCUGUGGAAAACAGGAGGAGGAGCUGACCAGCGACUUGUAGGAGGAUGACCAAGUGCCACUGAAGGCUUGCUGAAGACCCCAAGCAAUCAGCUUCCCUUCCUUAAGCAGACCUCAAGUCCAGUGCCUCAAGGGAUAAAGCUAGUUGUGGGAAGAAAAGGCAAAGGGGCAGACUCUGUCUUGUGGCUGCUAAUGGCUGAGGGAGCUGCCACCCCAGUUGGAGGUCUGCUUAGGGUCAUCCUCUGUCCAGGCUCCACACACCCUAGGACAGUUUCUGGAGCUGUCCCUCCUUGCCUAGACCCUGGCUGGCUCCUAUUCAUCACUCUAACUCUAGUGAUGCUCCUUCCAAGAAGUCUUCCAUAGUCCCCAGUCCUCCUUUCCAGUCCUGGUAGGUGGACCUUGUCCUGUGCUACCAUUUCCCUGUCAGCAUCUGCAUCACAUUACUGUCAUGAACCUCCCGUGUCCCUCUCCCCUCCCCCUCUCCACUCCCCCUCACCGCCCCACCCCCCCACAACCCUUUAAGAGCAGGGACUGUUGUUUAAUCUCUGCAUCUCCAGGAUGCAGCGAGGGCCUGACAUGUGGAGCUUCUUGGGGUGACUGCAAGGAGCCUGACAAGUGCUGCUGGAAACACAAGCAGUGCACUGGGCACAUCAUCUACCCUUUCGCCUCUGACUGUGUCCGCCACAGCCUGCACCUACACUCUGUCAACCACUGCAACUGUAAUUCUAGGCUGAAGGACUGUUCAGAGGAUAGCAGCAGCUCGCGGGGCGCGGGCCCAACCUGCUCCCAUGUCAUCGAGUCCCCUUGCUUUGAGCUCACACCGGAGGAGGAGCAUGUGGAGCGAUUCUGGUAUGGCUGGUGCAAAAGCUACAGACCUGUCUCUGUGGCAGUGAUCCACCAUCCCCUCUACCAUGAGUAUGGGGCAGAUGAUCUAAAUGAAGAAGAGGAAGAGGAGGAGGAGGAAAGCAAGCCCCCCAUCCCAACGCAGGUGGGGCCCGCCACCGUCUCCCCUGACCUAGCCACCAGCAUGGCCACUGGUACCCCUGACUCUGCAGCGCCCAUCACCAUCUGGCGCUCUGAGAGCCCCACCGGGAAGGGUCAGGGCAGCAAAGUGAUCAAGAAGGUAAAGAAGAAAAAGGAAAAAGAGAAAGACAAGGAGGAGGAGAUGGAUGAGAAGGCAAAGCUGAAGAAAAAAGCCAAGAAAGGCCAGUUGACUAAGAAGAAAAGCCCGGUUAAAUUGGAGCCUUCCCCGCCAGACGCGAGCCGAUCAUUAAGCCCAAGACAGCUGGCCAGGAUGUCCGAGUCCAGCCCAGAAAGCCGGGAAGAGCUGGACAGCGAGGACAGUUACAAUGGCCGGGGGCAGGGAGAACUGUCCAGCGAGGAUAUUGUGGAAUCAUCAUCACCCAGGAAGAGAGAGAAGAACAUAGUCCAGGCCAAAAAGACAGGGGCAAAGCCCUCACAAGCCAGGAAGGUAAACAAGAGAAAAUCUCCCCCAGGAUCAAACCCCAACCUCAGUUGAGGCCAGGGUGGUCAGGGUGCAGAAUAAAUGCCAUCGAGCCUGUG